CUGGCUUUAUGGAGCGCAUCGCGCAAGAUUCUUUGCAGGCGUUGUCUUAGAGCUGUUUCGCAGAAAGCGCGCACUGGAGCUUCAAUGUUGGAACAUAGAGGAUCCUUUCGCGGUUACAAUAGCCGCGACAGCACCUGAAGUCGUACCGCUUAGAAAGCCGCACUUGGAAUACUAUCUGCAAGACUCGCAGGCACCUUCGAAUUCCGCAGCUGCGCGAUGCCGUUACAACAGCGAAUCUCUCGAGGAAAACGUUGGUGUGGAGGUGAGAAGACCUGCGGAAACGCUUCUUUCGACGGUUGCACGCUUUGCCGAUGGCGAUGGGGAUGGUAAUUUGAUCAUGUCUCCGAAGGGUGCAGCUUCUAGUAGUUCCCGCACAUCUGCCAAGAGGGUAUCAGGCUUGUUCUCGAACGCACGCCUAGCGGGGCUUAAACUUCUCGAUAAGUCAUUUAGAGAACAUCAAGAUGAAGCACGCGCACAACUACUGAGAGCCGGGGACGAGCAAGAUAAUGACGACGAGCACGUCGACGCCAGAAGGCUUCCGUCCCCUGUAGUCAAAAGGGUACGGUUUGAGUCGCCGACAUCAAAGCGUAUGUCGACGCCCCUACCUUUGCUCCCAGACUCACCUGACGAUGUUCGAUGGUACUCGUACUACGACGGUGACUGCUUGGGGCGAGCAUUGUUCGACAAACCAGAGGACGAGGACGAUGAAGAAGAUUAUUAUGAGGGUCGUCGUCGUCUGCCGAUCGGUCCAAGCUGCAACUCAGAUUCGUAUAGCGAAAGAGAUUUUCCUAUCAACAGUGAGAAAAGCGGCGGUGGUGCUUCGAGAGGGAAACGACGUCGACCAGAAUUUCGAAAACGUUCUGACCGUGAUAGCGCGAUGCGGCUUGCCUACUGGCCUUGGAUGCGUCAAGAGCGACACUUUGAUGAAGGAGGUAACGAGGUUUUCACAGAGGUUUGCACGUGUCCAUGGCCGGUGCUGGCGGCAGAGAUUCGUGCAACACUGUUUUCCGAAUGGCGUAGCUGCUCUCUCGACUUUAUGUCGGCAACAGAGCGAGACAGCGUCUGGUUGAAGCGGAUACGAAAUGAGAAAAAUCAUAAUGAAAAAACUGGCGGUAGGGGAAAACAAAUCUCUGGAACGACCCAGACUGAUGAAGAGGUCCAAGCCUUGCAAGAAAUAGUGCCAGGCGCGCUGGAUCCAAGGUGCAGUUUGCUGCAGCAGUUCCGAUUUCUAGCAAAAGGCAAAUUCAGAACUACCUUGCUUAGUAGGAAUGCCGAGUCUCUGCAUCUGCUGCAGAAGAAAAAUAAACGACUUGGGAAAACAGCAUCAAACAAUAAUCCCUUCGCACCUGGUUCACGAGUCGAUGAGUCAGCUUCGAUUAGGGAGGCUUACCUUUCCCCGUCUAGGGUGACAGUGCUGGCACACGAUAAUACAGGUGUAGAAGCACACUCAAAGUCAUCACUUUCUAGUGCUUCGCAAAAGCAGAAUCUCUCCAAUCGGCAUCAUCUUGUUGGAAAGAAAUACAGAGUCCUUGUUGCUCCCCAGACCCUCGUAUGGCGACGCGUCUUCGAGCGCUGGUUUCGAGCUCGACGACACGCAGCUGCAAUUCGACUUCUAGAACGCUGGCACGCACUCCAGGUCUGGCGGCUCUACCUGCUACCGGCAAUAUUUGCGGUACGUGAGCAGCGAAUUCACGCAGGGCGGGUUGUGCGGACAGUAGUAGCGGCACCUCGUUUGCGACGACACGCAUAUCGACUGAAACGAAUAGCCCUGGCCGCAUGGUGCGGCGCCAGCAUUGCUGAUCGAGAGCGCGCGGAUCGGUUUUACUUACGAAAACUGCAGCGUCGACGCGUAUUCGCUUUGUUGCGCGACUUUUGCAUUGAUUCUCGUCGCCAAAAGUUAGCGGUUGCUAAAUUCUACCGUGAGGUGGUAUGUCAACGAGGCUUUAUGCGCCCAGCGCUUUUGGUGUGGAAGUACGUCUUCACAGACGUGCAGCGCACUCGACGCUUUGUCCGUGGUUGGCAUUGGUGGUGCGUGACCGGAAAAUACCGCGUUUGGCGCCGAAACUUCCACACGCGACAAACGUUCUUGAAAGCCUGGUUUUCCAUCGCCGAAAGUCGUUGUAAAGUUGAGCGUGGACUAACAAAGUGUUUGUCCCUCCGCAAACGUUUUCUGCAUUGGUACUACGCUUAUCAUGCUUGUCGCAAAAUGCGGGAGCAUGAGGAGAGGAACGCGAUGACGCGAAUACAACUACUGCGGGAAGAAAAAGAGCAGUUGGCGCGGAUGGAAGCAAUGCUGAAAAAAGAAGGGAAUACCGCCCUUGUGCAUAUCGGUUCCACUAUGCUGGAAGCGAUCAAGCGGAAGAGGCUUGGGGGUAUGGGACAUUCGACAAAAAGUCAGGAAGAAAAAGCCUACGCAGCACUCGCCAACGACCCAGAUGCAAGCAGCAGGUCUGGUUUUACAGCUGAUUUUCAAGCGUCUGCUGCUCUUCCGCCUCCGUUAUCGGUGGGAUGGACGUGGUGAGGACCGCAGUCCACAUGAACUAUUUUUGAGCACCAUAUUUUCAACAAGGUACUAGUACGUAUAUAUAAAAAUAUUAAUUUCUUUGGACCUGACAUGCUCCUGGCUCUGCUGGAGGUCACGCUCGUCAACUACCGAAAAUUUAGUCAAAGUCUACUUUUCUGUCUCCAUUGAAUACUUCUUUCUUGUCUUCUUGGUUUACGCCAAUUGAUUUCAAACAGAGCGACUCUCGACCUGUAUUGAAGGCGUCACUUAUGAUUUCCAUCUGAUUAAGAUUUCGUGCUCAUUUUUCUCUGCUGAUCCUACCUUAGACAACGACAGGCUUUCUUUGUGAUAGUUUCAAUCCGAAGCAAAUGCCUUGCCUUCUGCUUUCUUUGCGGCAAAAGGCAACCACAACACAUUCUCCGACCUACAUAGCUGGACUGGAUCGAGUAGGUCUAGGUAAUUACUGAGGGAGACGGAGUUGGUGAAUGAUGGAGAGAAUGCUCAUGAAGAUUUGAAGGAGGGCGCUGAUGUAUCACCCGUAAAAGUGUGC